AUGAGAAACAUGGCUUCCUUAAGCUCACUAGUGCUGCUACUUGCAGCUUUUGUUCUAUCCCCUCAAGGACUUGCUGACUAUGGCAAGCCCCCAGAAGAGAAACCUCCUGUGUAUAAGCCUCCCAUUGAGAAACCACCUGUGUACAAACCUCCUGUUGAGAAGCCACCAGUGUACAAACCCCCAGUUGAGAAGCCCCCUGUAGAAAAACCUCCAGUUUAUAAGCCACCAGUAGAAAAACCACCUGUAUACAAACCUCCUGUUGAGCAACCCCCAAUUUACAAGCCACCAUAUGGAAAACCACCUGUGCUUGAGUCUGAAUAUGAGAAGCCCCCAGUAGAGAAACCACCAGUGUACAAGCCACCUGUUGAAAAACCACCAGUUUAUAAGCCCCCAGUUGAGAAACCACCAGUUUAUAAGCCACCGAUUGAAAAACCCCCAGUGUACAAGCCACCAUAUGGAAAGCCACCAGUGCAUGAGAAGCCCCCUGUUUAUAAAGUCCCAGUUUCUAAGGCACCGGUUGAUCCACCAGUUUUCAAUCCACGAUAUGGGAAGCCACCAUACCCAAAGUACCCUCCCACUGAUGACACCCGUUUCUGA